GAAGGUGAGACCAACCCGGGUGGUUUGGGUUGGGACGGAGACCCCGGCGCGGGCGGGCUCUGCCCAGCACGGCGAUGUCUCCAGCUGGCCUUUCCUGGGGAGGGGAGUGGUGAGGCGGGCGGGGAUCCGUAUGGUCCGCUAGCGGUGGGGGCGGCAUCCUCCUCCUCGCAGCGGGCACUCGCAUCCCGUCACCUCCCCCGUGCUGUGCCGGGUUAUGGGGGACGCGUGCCUGGGGGGGAGGGGUGAGUCGAGGAGCAAUUUCUCCCCCCAGUCAAACCUCUGAUGAUGUCCCAGCUUGGCGUUAGAGAACACAAAAAUGGCAGGUCGCAGGGCUACUCUGAAAGCAAUUGACUGGAUGGCAUUUGCAGAGAGAGUGCCUCCCAAUCAGAGAGCUAUGUUUAAUGCCCUGAAAACACGCAGCGAUGCACUUUCAGCCAAGUUGACCUCCUUGCCAGAGAAGCCCCCCGCUAUUGAUUGGGUUUAUUACAAGACUGCAGUUGCUAAGGCUGGCAUGGUGGAUGAGUUUGAAAAGAAGUACAGUGCACUAAAGGUUCCUGAGCCUGUGGACACACAAACAGACAAGAUAAAUGCCCAGGAACAGGAAGCUGCUAAGAGUGCUGCUGAAUAUGUGCAGGCCUCUAAAUCCCGUAUUGUCCAGUAUGAGAAACAGCUUGAGAAGUUCAGAACCAUGAUUCCAUUUGAUCAGAUGACAUUUGAGGACUUGAAUGAGGUCUUCCCUGAAACCAAAUUGGACAAGGAGAAAUAUCCAUACUGGCCACACAAACCUAUUGAAGACCUGUAAAUCUGUCCAAAAGCAGUUUCUGGUGACUGUCAAAUUCUCUAGAAUCUUUUAAAUAAAGUAAUUGUAGAGGGCUUCA